AUGCUGCUUCACGUGAUCAAAGGACCAACAUCGUUCCAAGCAAUCAAAACCAUAGAUGGUCAAGAGUAUCAGACAUAUAGAGAAGUUUGUUUAAAACUUGGAAUGCUUGAAAAUGAUCAUCACUGGGACAAUGCAUUAACAGAAGCCUCUGAAACACGGCGUGCUGACCAAAUUCGAACUCUUUUUGCCAUUAUUUUGACAACCUGUGCUCCUUCAGGUCCGAAAGAUCUUUGGGAGAAACACAAAGAGAGUAUGAGCGAAGACAUACUGCUUCAAGCACGCAGAGACUGCAACCUGGAUAUACAGGUUUAUAUUAAGAAGCCCGCUUAUGGUGGACAAUCAGGAGAAGGAUGGUACCCAGAUAACAAGGGUAGCAGUGGAAAUGACAAAGGAAGUCCAUAUGGAGGUGGAGGCGGUGGAUGGAACAGCGGAUAUGAAGGUGGUAGUGAACAAGGAUGGGAAUCGAAUUACGGAAGAGGUGCUCAACAACAAACAGCAAACUUUGGAGAUGGAGAAGGAUACGGAAAAGGAGAUACCGGAAGUGAAGGAGGCUAUGGAGGAGGAAGUGAGGGUGGAUAUGGAGGAGGUAGCGAGGGGGGAUAUGGAGGGGGAAGUGAGAGUUUAUAUGGCGGAGGAAGCGAGGGUGGAUAUGGAGGUGGAAGCGAGGGUGGGUAUGGAGCUGGAAGUGAAGGCGGAUAUGGAGGAGGAAGUGAGGGCGGAUACGGUGGAGGAGGCGAUGGUGGAUAUGGGGGAAGUGAAGGCGAAUAUGGAGCAGCAAGUGAUGGUCGCUACAGCACUGGCAACGAAGGAGGAUAUGGUGGAAACAACGAAGGCGGCCAAGGAGGAGGAGGAGGAGAUAGUGGAACUUACGGAGGUGGCAAUAGAGGAGGAUACGGCGGUGGCAGUAUCGGAGGUUAUGGAGGUAGCAGUAGUGGAGGCUACGGUGGUGGCGGUAAUGGAGGCUACGGGGGUAGCAGUAAUGGAGGCUACGGCGGUAGCUAUGGCGGUGAAGAUGGCGGUGGGUAUGGUGCUGCUUCUGAAACUCAACCAUGGAAUAGCAAUCAAGGUUCCGGUGUUCAGUGGCCCACUAAUUAUGGUGCAUCUGGACCUUCUGGUGGGGUACAGUGGCCGAAAAACCACCAAGGACAAUCUUCUAACUGGCAAAAUGGUGGCUCGUACAACGAUGGUAGAAACAGGGGAAUCGGAUGGGUGUGA